CACAAUUAUUUCUGGACACGAUUUUAAUACGCGUCCAAUUACAAACUUGAUAAACCACGCGCAGUUUUGUAAACUCCACAACAUUCACUUACAGUGUAGGAUCCAAAAUUAGAUGCCAUCAUGCUAGUGUUUUAUUGUAAGCUAAGGGGCUGCGCCGGUGCUAUUACAAAUGAGUCACAAAUAAGUAGCCCACAGUGCAGGCGGAUUAGCGGGCUCUAGCACGAUACACGAGCGCGAAGCGCGAGGGAUUUUUCUCGCCUCGCGCUUCGUGCGCGCUCGUGUAUCGCGCUGGAGCCCGCUAAUCUGCCUGUACUGCAGGCUACAAAUAAGCUCCCAGUCGACAUUACUUUUGUGGGCAGGGGGAGGGAGGACGGGGUCUGUAUGGGUGAGGUCUGCCGAGCCUGUCAUAUAGACUACCGUGUGGCACUAAAUUUUUGCGGGAGUUAAUUUUUGUGAAUCGACGAUUUUUUUGUAUUUUGCGGGACCUAAUUUUUGCGAUUGUAAAAGACUGGUUUUUCUUGCUGGGUAUUAAUUUUUGGGAUUUUCGGGAAGUCGCGUUUAAUGGCAAUCAAUUUUCAUUAAACUGCGUGCAAUUGACAAGUGAAACAACAUGUGGAGAUGUAAAACACAUUAAUCCAGUAACCAGUGUCAUUCUACCACAAUUACAUCGUGCUUUUGUGUGGCUGAUAGCAGCAACAAGAUUAUACUUGUGAUGUUUGUAUGUAUAAUUUCGCCAGUGGAGUAAAUUUUUUGCGGGAACGUUUUUUGUCGAUCGUGGAAAAUCGCAAAAAUUAGACUCCGGAAAAAUUUAGUAUCACACAGUAGACCGACCAAGCUCGGUCAAUAAGAUGUUUGUUGACUUUAUUAUGUGGGCCAAGUUCGUGAAUUUGGUAGUUCCCAGUCCUUGCGGGACACGGCCAUAUAACAGUAGUCGUAUCGUCAUCAUCCGAAAAGCUCCGUUUUCAAAAUAAUUUUCCUCCAGGGUCAAACCCUCAACCGGUGUUUUCAAAUUCCUCCAAUUUGAAGAGAGUUUUCGCAAAGCUCCGUUUUAAUUUGUGACGCAUUUUAGUGUGGAUGGUAGGCCUGACCGUAAACAUACAGUGUGGACGAGCCAAAAAGAGAAACAACCUCUACUCCCUGGAAAGGACGCUGCAAGUUUCCUUCCCUCCCCUACUUGGGAGAUAUUUUUCCUCCGAUGUCUUUCUUCCAAUGCAUUGUGGGUAAUCAAGUGUGCACAAGGCAUUUAUGUUUGUCUUGAAGAGAAAUCUGUCGUAAAAUCGCGAUUUUUUCUCUUUUGGAGGUUUAUAAUGUAGCCAAUUGGCUUACUUUUAAGGUGUUUACAGCACAUCGGUAGUAUCUACUUUGUUUUGAGGCGAGAAAUAAUAGAAUCGGCCUUCAAAAGUGUAUUCUUGCUUCUUCAAGCACUAUAAUGAACCGCAAGAAAACUAUCGACUACACAGUCACUCGAAGACCCAGAGACCGUAAUUCAUACAGUGCAAGCUCGGCCAAGUCUCGACCAGACAGCAGUAGAGAUCAAAGCGGUCGAGAUGAUGGCGGCCGAGACAGCACUCCGUUUUGGUCUAAGGACAACAAGAAUUUGGGAAAUGAACCUAACUUCAAUACUUUUCAGAUGUUUGACAAAGGGAAGGAGACCAUACCAGGAGGGGCACGUGACUUAAGGAGAGAUGGUGUUCUUAAGAGUCUACAGGAAGAAAUCUCAAGAGCAGUUCAGUCUCGAGAUGCCAAAGAUGACCCAUCACUGUUUGGGAGAGGGCGUGAUGACAGUUAUUCAAGAGACAGAAACAGAGGCCCAAUUAUAGAUGAGUUUUCUGAAGAUGCAUACAACUCACAGAGUGGUUCCUAUUCUAAAGGGACGGAUUUUAGAGACAGUAAAGACCAGCAGCGAAGAGAGAAACGAAGUUAUAGCCCUUUCGAUGAGAAGUCAUCUUCCUACAAGAAGGAUCGAGAUGACCCACAGAGUAAACGCAGUCGCAGUGCAAACUCUAAAUCUGGUAGCAGAAAUGAGGAUGGUGAUGAUCUGAGAAAUGUGCUACAACAGACUUUCCAAAAGAGUAAGUGGUAUGACGAUGAUUCAAGUAUGCCAGACAGGAAUAGAUAUGACAGCAAAGACUAUGAUGGCAAACGAGAUCGUAAAAGAAACAAUGAUAGUCUUGGAAAGUCAUCAUCUAGUGACAUGUUUACCAUGUCAAGUCAGGGAACUCUUGUUUCUCUUCCUUUGAAACCACUGAGUGAUAGCCGGGACUACUUUGAUUCUGGCUUUGGCAGAGAUUACAGAGAUGAGGACCAUCAGAAAGGAAAGAAAGGGAACUACAGUGACAGUUCAAAGGACAGAGACAGCAGAGACUCCAGAGACUACUCAAGAACCAGGUACAGGUCUAGUAAGCAGGAUAGAAGAGGAAGCUUAGGUGAUGGGCAAAGGGACUUAAGCAAAGACGUGGACAACAGGGACUCUAGAUAUAGGAUGGACAAACAUGACAGUGUAAAUGACGCAGAUAUAGGCCUGUCAUUGGACCCAUAUGGAGAGCCAUCCAAUCUUGGGAACUCAAGGUUGAGCAGCGAUGCUCUGAGGGACCUUCCAUUAACAGAGCUUGCACAAAAAUCAAGUCAAAAGUACAAAACUGGCUUUGAGCUUGGGAAGCCAUUUUUUGGAUUUUCAUCAGAUCGCCAAGAGAAGGAAGAAGACCAUUUUGUUGACUUUGUAAGCAUCUUAAAUCAAUAUUGCCAGAAAAACCGAUUAACCCUACCUAAAUAUGACGAAGCUUCUGGUGUGCAGGGAAGCAUUGGAAUGCAGGUUUUUGUGAAGGGACAAACAUUUACCGCCAUGAAACAUUGCAUAAACAAGAAGCAAGCACGACAUGAUGCUGCCAAGUCUGCUCUGCUAGGUCUCAACAUUCCUUUAGGUCCACUAUUCGAUGGAGAAUCCAAGAGAGACAACAUGUGGCCUAAAUCCUCUGACUCAAUACGUGACCAAAGAGAUCAAAGACAUCAAACCUCAAAAACUAGUACCACAACGCCAAGCUUAACCGUGAGCAGCCAAUCCAAAGGUUCCACAUUAAGUUCCCAGAAACCAGGGCCAAAGCCCCUGUUUCCAUCAGGAUUUUUACCAAGGAAUCUUCGAACGCCAAUCAAUAAAAAUGUUCAGAAACCUGGAGUAGAAAAGAACAAUGACCCUCCUCUUCUUCCUAAAAAGAGUGGUUAUUUUCCAAGAAACAUGCAAGAUUCAAGGUCGCGUAGCAGAAGUUCCGAGAGAUCUGACAGCAAAAAAGAGGUUGGGAUGAGUAGCAGCAGCUCGAAGCGAGAGGUCAUACCACCCAGUAAAGGCAAAUUCACAACCCAGAAUUGGUCAGGUUUGGACAGUACUAACACGAGAAAAUCCAAGGAAAAAGAUAGUUUGACAACCACUCAACCUCAAGGACGUGGACGAGGUAGGGGAAAUAUGAAUAACAACAACCGUGGUAGAGGUGGACUGUUUAAUCCACGAGGCAGAGGAAGGGGUUUCAGAGGAAGAGGUGUUGGGUCUGGUGGUAGAGGUAGAGGUAUCAUGACUAUUAGAGGAAGAGGAUUUGUUUUUCGUGGUAGAGGAAGAGGUGUUUCCCAGCCACCAGUAGGCGCCACAGUCAGGAACAUCUUCCGAAGAAGCAAAUCUCGUAGUCCUGUCGACAACAAGUACCGAAAAUCAUCCAGGUCUCCCAUUAGUCCCAGACGAGACAGAAGAAGUAGAAGUCCAAGGAGAAAAGAAAGAGGGAGCAGAAGUAGAAGCAGCAGUUUUUGCAGCACAUGUAGCAGUCACAGCUGUAGUACUUGCCGCAGUUGGCGCAGUGUGAGUCUUGAUGGAUUGUCAGGGAAGGGUGAUAGAGAUGGAGGCAGAAAGAAAAAGCACAAAACUAAGACAUCGAGUAGGGAGGAGAAAGAGAAGAAUUCAGCAAAGGAUGUAGAUAAAUUAAAAUCUGACAUUAAAAGCAUGGAAAAGCAGUUGGAGCAGAAAUCUGUGAAGAACGUUGAAGAGAAAAAGAGAGAUGUCUCUAAGGGUAAUUGGGAGCUGAAAACGGCGACUGAAGUCUCAAAAACGGACGUCAAGGACAAGUCCAAACCUGGAAAACCGAAAGACAAACAAAGUUCAUCUAAGGAUUUACUUGCUGUUAAAGAACAGAAAGACAAAAAUUUUAAAGAAGUUAAGAAAGAUGUAAAGAAAAAGACUGACAAUGUCAGAGAAGUGAUUUUAAAAAGCGAUAAACGUAAAGAGUCGCCCAAGUUAAUAAAGAAAGAGAGAGAUUCUCCCGUGAGAGAAGUGAAGAUCGUGAACGAAAAGAAGACCAAAGGCGGUAAAAGCGAUGAGAAAUCAGGUUCGAAGAUGAAGAUUGAUACGCUUAAAAUAACAAUUGAUCGACAGGAAAAGAUGCCUGAUACAACGAAGGACACAAAGAAGGACAAGAAGAAAGUCAAAGGCGAGGAAAAACCUCUCGACUCAGGGAAAAGAUCCUCCAGGUCGCCUACUGGAAAGCAAAAGAAAAAGGAGAAAGUGAAGUCCAAGAAAGCAAAGAAAAAGGCUAAGAAAAGAAAGUAUGACAGCUUUAGUGGAGACUCGGAUGACGAGUCAUUCUAUAGUAGCAUAUCUGGGCAAGAUGAAUUUUCAGGCAACGAUGAAAGAUCCAGAUCAUUGCAAGCUCCUCACGAUGAAAGAAUUGUGGAGUUCUCUUCAGCUGGAGCUUUUGAUACCAACAGUAUUUCGGUGCAUUAUGCCAAGAGAGGGAAAGACACAGGGCGUGGAAACAGUCGGAAAUCGCAAAAUUUAAUUUCCAUACCUCUACCAAAAGAACCAGAAGUGUUACCGGGAAGAAGCAUUCAACAGAAUGUGAGAAAACCACAUCCCAAAGAGCAACAGUUUGAUCAUCCAUCUUUGAGCAAAGAAGGACAAAAUGACAGCAUCAGCAGUGCUCACUACUCUGAUUUGUCAGCAUCUAUGGAAAGUGAGUCUGGAAAUGUUGAUUGGGAGACAGCCAAAUUUGCUAACGAAUUUCAGACUGAAAGUGCUGUUGACGAGCAGAACUUUGGCAGUUCGUAUCAAGAGAGUGAAAAUGUUAACCAGGAAUGGGCUACUGAGCAAGGGGAAGGAGGUGAUCCUAACACCUACUAUUACGAAGAGGGAGCAGAGGGUGAAGGAUAUGAACAAGAGUACUACUCCUAUCCUCAAGAAGAGUGGCAGACUGGUGAUCAAGAAGAGUAUGAAGAGUGGUACGAAGGUGAAUACCCUCAGGAAGGUGCAGAAGGAGAAGCUGGUGCUGGUUAUGAAGGAGAGUAUUACCUUGGAGAGGAUGGACUCUAUUACCCUGUGGAAGGAGAGGCUUACCAGGAGACACAGGACUACCAAGGAGAGUACAUAGAGGGUGGAGCCGAAGGAGAGGUUUUGGAUGCAGGUCAGGGUGCUGUUUAUGCUGAGGCUGAGGGGGAGUAUCAAUAUCAGUAUUCUGAGGAAGGUGGAGAGUGGCAACAGUAUGAUGAGACUGCCGUAUACCAGACCGAAGAGGGGUGGUAUCAGGGUGAAGCAGAAGGGCAAUGGCAGGAGGAAUACCAAGAAGGUUACCAAGGAACUGAGGCAGAAUGGGGCACUGAGUACACCCAAGGUAAUGAGUUUGAAGCUGGUGAACAGGGUUAUGCUCUUGAGGGUACUGAACAGGGCUAUACUGUUGAGGGUACUGAGAUGUUGCUGCAAGAGGGUUACAAUGCAGUUGAAGGGUAUGAUCAACAGUUGGCACCAGAGGAAUAUUAUAUGGAGACUGUUCCUCCCCAAGGAGAGGGCCAUCAUGUUGAACCUCAGCAGCAGCAGCAGCAGCAGCAGCAGCAGCAGCAGCAGCAAGAAGUGAAGAUCGUGAACGAAAAGAAGACCAAAGGCGGUAAAAGCGAUGAGAAAUCAGGUUCGAAGAUGAAGAUUGAUACGCUUAAAAUAACAAUUGAUCGACAGGAAAAGAUGCCUGAUACAACGAAGGACACAAAGAAGGACAAGAAGAAAGUCAAAGGCGAGGAAAAACCUCUCGACUCAGGGAAAAGAUCCUCCAGGUCGCCUACUGGAAAGCAAAAGAAAAAGGAGAAAGUGAAGUCCAAGAAAGCAAAGAAAAAGGCUAAGAAAAGAAAGUAUGACAGCUUUAGUGGAGACUCGGAUGACGAGUCAUUCUAUAGUAGCAUAUCUGGGCAAGAUGAAUUUUCAGGCAACGAUGAAAGAUCCAGAUCAUUGCAAGCUCCUCACGAUGAAAGAAUUGUGGAGUUCUCUUCAGCUGGAGCUUUUGAUACCAACAGUAUUUCGGUGCAUUAUGCCAAGAGAGGGAAAGACACAGGGCGUGGAAACAGUCGGAAAUCGCAAAAUUUAAUUUCCAUACCUCUACCAAAAGAACCAGAAGUGUUACCGGGAAGAAGCAUUCAACAGAAUGUGAGAAAACCACAUCCCAAAGAGCAACAGUUUGAUCAUCCAUCUUUGAGCAAAGAAGGACAAAAUGACAGCAUCAGCAGUGCUCACUACUCUGAUUUGUCAGCAUCUAUGGAAAGUGAGUCUGGAAAUGUUGAUUGGGAGACAGCCAAAUUUGCUAACGAAUUUCAGACUGAAAGUGCUGUUGACGAGCAGAACUUUGGCAGUUCGUAUCAAGAGAGUGAAAAUGUUAACCAGGAAUGGGCUACUGAGCAAGGGGAAGGAGGUGAUCCUAACACCUACUAUUACGAAGAGGGAGCAGAGGGUGAAGGAUAUGAACAAGAGUACUACUCCUAUCCUCAAGAAGAGUGGCAGACUGGUGAUCAAGAAGAGUAUGAAGAGUGGUACGAAGGUGAAUACCCUCAGGAAGGUGCAGAAGGAGAAGCUGGUGCUGGUUAUGAAGGAGAGUAUUACCUUGGAGAGGAUGGACUCUAUUACCCUGUGGAAGGAGAGGCUUACCAGGAGACACAGGACUACCAAGGAGAGUACAUAGAGGGUGGAGCCGAAGGAGAGGUUUUGGAUGCAGGUCAGGGUGCUGUUUAUGCUGAGGCUGAGGGGGAGUAUCAAUAUCAGUAUUCUGAGGAAGGUGGAGAGUGGCAACAGUAUGAUGAGACUGCCGUAUACCAGACCGAAGAGGGGUGGUAUCAGGGUGAAGCAGAAGGGCAAUGGCAGGAGGAAUACCAAGAAGGUUACCAAGGAACUGAGGCAGAAUGGGGCACUGAGUACACCCAAGGUAAUGAGUUUGAAGCUGGUGAACAGGGUUAUGCUCUUGAGGGUACUGAACAGGGCUAUACUGUUGAGGGUACUGAGAUGUUGCUGCAAGAGGGUUACAAUGCAGUUGAAGGGUAUGAUCAACAGUUGGCACCAGAGGAAUAUUAUAUGGAGACUGUUCCUCCCCAAGGAGAGGGCCAUCAUGUUGAACCUCAGCAGCGGCAGCAGCAGCAGCAGCAGCAGCAGCAGCAGCAGCAGGAGCAAGAGGAGAUGGAACCUGUUUAUCGUGAAGAGCCCUUACCAUCAAAGAAGGAGUCCAAAGACUUAUCAGUUGCUCCUAGUGAGAACAAAGUUGUAGACACCAAGCCACUCAAGUCCAUUCUCAAGAAAGCGAAGCCCUUGGAAGGUAAUGGUGGCACAGGGACAAAGCUAGUUAGUGAACGCCUUGCCCAGAUGAGAAGACAGGCUGUGAACAAAGUGGAAAUUCCUCAACGGGGCAGUUCGUCUGCUUCAUCUGUGAAAUCAGUUGAAAAGAAAGAGCAGAAUCCAGAGCAAGAAGGAGAGAAAAGUGUUCAGUCUGAAUCCGAGCGUUAUCGUGAAAUGGGAGAAGCUAUUCUGUCGUCCCAACCCAAAGAUGCUGUUGGCACAGAAUACGUUGUACGGGUCCAUGGAAGUGGGACAGCAAACUUCUACUGUAAACUUUGCCAGUGCCAUUUUAACACACUGACCGCCAAGAACUUACACAUCAAAGGAAUGAAGCACAUAGAGCUCUAUAUCCGAUUGAAAUCUUCGUUGCUGCAGUCCGUUAUUAAGGACACAAAGGUAGCAACUGCCAAAAGGCCAGUGGGAGACGAUCCCCCAACUGCACAAAAAGUCCCACGUCGAUUGUAA